AUGGCGACGAUAGCAGCCGGUCGCGGCGCUCCCGACCCUGGGGAUGCCUCGGGCGUCAGCGCCUCGGGUGCUCCGGCGAGCCACCCGUAUACAUGCAACACUUGCCACGUUGCUUUCAGAAAUAUUGACCUCCAGAAGAAUCAUAUGAAGGGAGACUGGCACCGGUACAACCUGAAGCGCCGUGUCGCAUCCCUGCCCCCGAUUUCUUCAGAGAUCUUCAACGAAAAGGUUCUCCAGGCGCGCGCGGCCACUACAGCACAGGCAGACAAAGUCGGUUUCGAGCGGGCCUGCGAGGUCUGUCAAAAGACGUAUUACAGUGAAAACUCAUUUCAGAACCACAUCGGCAGCCAGAAACACAAAGCACGCGAGGCGGCACGUGGCUCCAAGGAUGGUCGCGUGUUCGACGAAGCGAGCUCUGUCGUCAGCUCUACCUUCUCCCUUGGAGAGCCAAUCCCAGAUAACAGCAACAAGAGCAAGGUUGAUCUUGACUCCGAUGCUGAAGAGGAGUUUAGCCAGAUGGUCGAGGGCCUCAAAACAACAAAGAUCAACGGCAGCGAAGAGCGUACCUCUCCACUGAAGCGGCCCUCCAACCCUCACCUCUCCAAGGCAGAACACCCAUUAUCCGAACAGGCGAAUGAGGAUUCUGGAACUGCAACCCCCGUUGAGUCGACCAGGCCCGAGGCUGCACCGCCCAACAACAUCAAAGCCUGCCUGUUCUGCAACUACGAGUCUCCCACUAGUCGGCUCAACGCUACCCACAUGGAGCGCAUACAUGGCAUGUUCAUACCCGAAAAGGACUAUCUUGUCAACCUUGAUGGGCUUAUAGAGGCCUUGGAGUACCGUGUGCGGGAGCUCAACGAGUGCUUAUACUGCAGCAAAGUCAAAGCAAAUGUCUUUGCUGUUCAGACCCACAUGCGCGACACUAGUCACUGCAAGAUCCCCUAUUCUACAGAGGAGGAGCAGCUGGAGAUUGGCGAGUUUUAUGAUUUCAGGAGCACAUACUCUGACGGCGAGGGGUCGGAUACUGAGGACGAUGAUGAUGUUCCUCGUUCAGGUGGGGCCAAACUGGGUGCCAAGAGAAUCACGACGGUCAAGGGCGAAGAUGGCGACGAGGUUAUGGAGGACGGAGACGGAUGGGAGACAGACAGUUCAGCCUCCUCCCUGGACUCGGAGAACCUGACCGCUGUGCCUGCAGAGAAGCACUACCACCAAUACGAAAGGCUCGAACGCCACCCGCAUCAUAGCACAAGCGACCCGCGUGGGCACCACCAAAAGGAUGGUUGGCAUUCACAUGCGCACAAGCACACCCAUGCCGCUUUCUAUGACGAGUACGAACUGCACCUUCCCAACGGUAAACAUGUGGGACACCGUGCCCACAACCGCUACUACCGACAGAAUCUACGCGACCGGCCUGUCACGGAAGAGGAGAAGGCCGAGCGUCUCGCCCUCGAGCAGGGUCGCGCUGGUAGCCCAGAUGAUAUGGACAUUGAUGGCCUCAACCGGCUCGCCCGUCGCAACGGCUCCAACUACCGCGCUCUUAUCACCCGAGCGACUGGCGGCCAAGCACUGGCCGGUGUGUCUAAAGUUAAGAUCAAGGAGGUGCAGAGGUCGGAGCAACGCGGUCGGAAGGCCGAAGGUCACCAUCGUGGAAGGAUGGAGUGGAAGACAAACAAGGCUGCCAACCACCAGGAGCACUUCCAUUACUCCAAGCUUGGUGGCUGA